GCAGAGGAGAGGGUUUGCACUGUAACCCACGUCUCCCGCAGACCGAUCCAAAUCUCGAAGGGCGCUCGGAUGCUUCUUUAAGCGAACUGAAGGGGCAGGCCAGGAACGUCAGGCGCUACUUCAAUGCAGCUGGGCCAGGCGUUCCCAGUGGACCCUGGCUGGCCGGUACAUUAGCGAGGGCUCCGAAUCAAAUCUGGGCGAGAGUUGAUCCCGCGCCGUUCUGAGUCAUUUUCGCUUCCCGAUGCUGGCUGCGUCUCACAGAAGUGAAAACCAGCAGAUGACAGAUCGCUGGGUAAAAAACACUAUCCACCUUCUGCACCUUCAAGAAUAGGCUCUGGGCUACCGCAAAUGAAGCACUGGCGAUGAGUCUAAUAUGCCGGGUUCUGUUUAUCCAGCUGGCUAUAUCCACAGCCGCCAUCGCUCAGAGAAUUGUCGUUGCAGACUUCAUGACAGGGAUCGCGGGGGAGCAAUUGGACCUGCCCUGCCUUUUUAUCUACGAUGAGACCAGCCUUCAGGUCGUCCAGGCCACUUGGCUGAAGCAUAGAGAGGGAACGGAUGAGAACAUCGCUGUGUACAACCCGCUGUUCGGGAUGAGUUACCCCACCAUGUCUGGGAGGGUUCGCUUCCACAAUGCCACGUCCGGCAACUGCACCCUGACCGUCCACCCCCUGGAACUGGAGGACCAAGGCGUAUACAGUUGCGAAGUCAACGUUUUCCCGUCGGGCAAGUUCGAAUCCAGGACCGAGCUGACGGUUCUAG